AUGGAGCCAGACGGGGCGUCGUCGGGGCUUCCAGCCCCCGGCAGUGAUCGGCGCGCGCGGCUGCGGCACGGCGCCAGCGUGAGCGCGCCCCUCGACGGCAUCCCCGAGGACCUGCUGUUCUUGACGCCCAGGCCGGGGCAGUCGCCGUCCCCGAUCAGCUCCGGAGCCGCCGACGACGAGGACGACGAGGGCCGUGAACUGGAGCGCUCGCUAGAGCGUGCGGCGAGCAGGGCAUCGCACCCCGCGCAGGGCGCACAGGGCGCGCAGGGCGGCCCUGGCGGCGCGGGGCCCUCCGCCGACGCGAAGGACGCCAAGGCCCCCCCUGGCGAGGUGCGGAUCGGCGAGUGGGGCGUCGGCGAGCACGCCAAGGAGGGCGUCCCCGCGGUGGGGAACGACCCCGAGGACUGGGCCAUCUUCGACGUGCUGGUGAAGCAGCCCGUCCACAGCCAGGACGACGAAGAGGAGGAGGACCUCAAAGGCCUCAAGGACUACGACGGCCUCAAGGACUACGACGGCCUCAAGGACUACGGCGGCCUCAAGGACUACGACGACUUUAAGGACGGCGACGGCCUCGAGGGGCUCAAGGACCUGAAGGACGUCUUGAAGGACACGUGCAGUGAGCGCGGGCGCCAGGGGUCUGCUACACCGGGGCCGGAUGAGCUAGCCCAUGUACUGACGUUACAGACGGCGGACCGGCUGGCCGAGGACGCCAUGGCGCACGACGUGGCCACCACGCUGCGCAGCGAGCUGGCCGCGCUGCAGUACAAGCGCGACCGGCUGCUCGCGGAGCUGCAGGACAUGAAGGGGCAGCUGCGGUGCCGCGAGCAGCGGGCCCUGGAGCUUCAGGUGGAGUCGGACCAGCUGCGGGAGCAGGCCGCCAGGCAGAGCUCCGUCAUCGCCUCGCUCAGGAAGAGGGUCCAGGAGCUGGAGGAGCGCGAGCGCGCGGCGUCGUGCUCGCUGGGGCGGUCGGAGCUGGCGGUGCAGACGCUGCAGCGGGAGUCCCGGCAGGCGGCGGACCGCGUGUCCGAGCUGGAGGCCAAGCUGCGCCGCCUGGAGCUGGAGUGCCACGAGGAGGAGGGGCUGAAGGACGCCGCCAGGGGCGCGCUGUCCGACCUGGUGCGCAGGCUGGCCGCCGCGCUCGGCGCCGAGCUGGCCGACUCCAGCCCCGAGGUGCUGCUGGUGCGCGCCGCCGAGCUGGUGCAGGAAGCGGGGCGUCUCCGCGCGCGCGCCGGCAACAUGUGCGAGUCCCUGCAGAGCGCGGAGCAGGAGCUGCGGAACUGCAGGGAGGCCCUGCAGCGGCAGCAGGCCGCGCACAUGUGCGAGAUGGACCGGCUGAAGCAGGACAAGGAGAGCGUGGAGCUGGCCCAGCGGUGCACGGAGCGCGAGCUGUGCGAAGUCCGCGAGAAGCUGUCCGUGACGAGUCGCUCCCUCAGCGCCUGCACUACAAACUGCGCGCAGCAGGAGUCCGCCAUCUGCUCCCUGCGAGAGGAGGUGAAGAUCCGCGAGGAGAAGUGGCUGCGGCUGCAGAACGAGCUCCGCCACCUGCUGGAGUCCCUCGCCAUCAUGGUCAGCUCGCCCAGCCGCUUCGUCGAGUCCUCCGAGGGCUGCAUCAAGGAGCGCAUCCGGGAGAUCCUCUCCGACAACAAGGACCUCGUCGUGCAAAUGGACACGCUGCGCGAGAAGGCGUGCGGGCUGCAGCAGCAGCUGGGCAGGCAGUCCGAGAUCGCCGAGUCGUCGUCGUGCCGCGCGCGCGUCCUGGAGGAGGACAAGGCCAUCCUGGAGUCCAGGCUGCACAAGGCGGAGAGCGACCUCACGGCCUGCGACGUGGCCAGGGACGCGCUGCGCAGGGACAAGUGCACGUUCAUGGAGUUCCUGGACCGCCUGGGCAGGGCGCUGAACAUGGAGGAGGUCUCCAAGGACAUCGGCGUGGACAUGCACACCGAGGCGCUGCUGGUGCGCGCCGACCAGCUGGCCCGGCUGGAGAGCGACAAGAUGGUGGACAAGCUGCUGUUGAGUGGGACUCUGCCCAGACUGCGGCGUCCGCGCUCGCCCCGGGACUCGCCCGGCAAGGAAACGGCCGCAGUGUACCAGCUGCAGCGCCGGGUGCGCACCCUCCGCGAACAGCUGCAGCGCCGCGACCUGCACCUGGACCUGCUGCGCCGCAAGCUGGCCCUGCAGGUGGACAGCUGCCGCGCGCGCGCCAUCGUCGAGUCGGAGCGCGAUGAAAUCAGCCUCAGGGCCAAGAAGCUCCAGAAGAAGACGGAGUGCCUGCAGCUGCAGCUGGCCGAGGCGCGCACGCUCAACAGGGACCUCAAGGCCCAGCUGGCCGACGCGGCCGACUGCAAGAUCACGGCGCUGGAGAGGGCGCGGCGCAUCGAGGAGCUCCAGAAGAGGCUGAUGGACGCCGAGGUGGUGCGCACGCAGUACAACCGCAAGGUCAACAUCCUCAAGGACCAGGUCCGCGCCACGGCGCAGUCCGCCAACCAGGAGCGCUCCCUGAGCGACCACCAGGCGCAGCUGCUGAGGGAGGACCUGGCCGCGGCCAAGACGGCGCUGUCCGAAGUGGCGCGCAAGGAGACCCAGCUGGAGAGCUUCCGCGGCUCGGUGAGCAAGCUGCUGGGCGUCGAGCUGCCCGCCACGGACUACGAGAUCCUGGCGCGGCUGCAGAAGCUUGUGGCGGCGCACCGCGACUUCACGCUCGUGUCACGUCGCUGGGACCACCACGAUCCGCUGGCCCUGCCCGUGCCGCUGCCCGUGCCGCUGCACGGACACGGGCCGUGCACGCCGCCGCCACCCAGACCCCUGUCGCCGCCGAGGUCCGCGCGAUGCGCCCUCGCCGCGGCGGUGGCCGCGGACGAGGCGGACCUCAACUCCAUGCUCGACGAGAUAGACGACAUCAACGGCAUCUUCAACAAGCGGCCGCACCGCCUGGCCUCGUGA